AAUGGACAGAUCGACAGCAAAUGUACGAUCAUCAAUCAAUUUUUUAACAAAUAAUGAUUAAGAGUAGAGAGAUAAGAUAGAAAUUCAAUUGAUACCAGCUUUAUAGAGUUUUUAAAAUUUUAUCAAGAUGACUAAUGAAUCUCAGAUGGCAUAGAUUGUUGAUUCUUUAAUGGCAAUAGAUUUCUUUAAAAAGAAUUGUCCAGAAGGUUCAAGUUUAAGAGAUUUUAUUAUAUACGCAGGAAAAGCUUUGACAUAUGAGCAUUAUAAAAAAGGUUCAAUUAUAUUUCAUUAUGGUGAUUAUGGAGAUAAGUUUUUUAUGAUCUUAAAAGGUAAUGUUGGAGUAUUGGUACCUAAAGGAAAUCAUGAUAUUGAAAUUGAUAGAGAUUUCCUUUUAGAGACCAAUAGAAAUGAAACAUGGAAUAAUGUUUGGAAAGGUAGGAAAUUACAGAGUACAAUUGAUAUGGAAUUGUUAUUAGCUUAAGAUGAAGAUCCAUGGUUAAUCUCAAAUCGAUAUUUUGAAGGAGGUGUAUGUUUAUAUUAAAAGGUAUUAUUAAUAUAUAUGAAUAUUAAGAUUUAUACAUAUUAUAGUGGAUAAACAUUUGGAGAUGUAUCAUUAUAUACAGAUAAGCCAAGAACUGCAAGUAUAUUAGUAUUGUCAGAAGAUGUUCAUGUAAUUACUAUGAAUAAGAAUGAAUACAAAUAAAUUUGUGAAAAGUCUCUUUAGGAUAUGAAUAGCAAUGUUGAUUAUUUUAUGAGGAUGUUGCCAAAUAAUAGCAAGUUUGUAAUAACAAAAUUUAUGUAAUAUAUGCAUAAAAUUGAAUUUUCUCCAUAAAGUAUAUUAUGGAAGGAAGGAGAGGAAUCUAAAUUUUUUAUGUUAAUAUUUAAAGGGAGAGUGGAAUUAAUUAAGAAGAUUGGGAAAGUGAGGAUUACAUUAUGUUAAUUAAGUGACAAUAGUUGGGUUGGAUAAGAAGAAAUAAGUAUAAAUAAAUAUCAAAAAUUUCUUUAGUUGAUUAAUCCAUUAGAUAAUCCACUUGCUAAUGUGCUGAUAAUACUAUUGCCUAUUAUAUUCAUAUUGAAGAAUUUAAUUAGAUUAGAAGAAACUUUCCAGAAAUAUGUAAGAUUUUGAAAGAGAAAUCUUAAAUGUUGAAGGAGUAUAUGAAAACAAGAUAUGAGAUGAUUAUGAAUAACUUUAUUAAUAAAUAGGAGAUUAUUUAAAAAGAACAACAGAAGGUGGAGAGAAAGGCCAUAUCUGAAAUCUUCCAUACUUCUAUAAAGACCAAAACCUAAGAUAUUAGAUCACAUUCUCCUAAGGCAUUAAGUAUUAUCGAAAUCACUGAAUAUAACAACAAAAUAAAUUAAUCUAGAGUAGGUUUUUUAUUUCCAAUUAGGGUGGAUUUAGAAAUUUAAAUGUCUUUCCAUUAGACAAAGAUUCAGUAUUAUCUAUAAGGGAUAGAGUUUGUAGAUAAUUAACCAAAUAAAACAAAAAGAAGGAGAGAGUUAAACCUUAAACAAUGAGAGAAGGAACUCUUUUAUCAUCAACUAUUUCAGACCUAUUCAAAUAAAAUGAUUAGGUUUAAUAGCAUUAAAGCUUUAAAUAGAAUGAUUUAAAGAAAAGUUCAUUCUCUUUUGUUAAUUUAUUUGUUUAAGGAUCUACUAAUAAUCCUACAAGUUGUAGUGAUCAUUUUACAUCAAGACUAACAACAUAAUAAUCUUAUUUUAGAAUGAAAACAGAAUAGGGAAGAUCCUAAAUUUAAACAUAAACUAGUUUUGAUUAAAAGUAAGAUAGUUCAGUUAAUAUAAGAAAUAACAGCGUAGAAAUAAAUAAAUUACGUUCCAAUAGUCCUCUCAAUUCCAUUCAAUUCUCAAAUAGACAUUAAAAUAAAAGAAUUCAUAGUUGUAAGAUGAUAGCAAGACCAAAAAAGUACCCUUAAUUAUUGAAAUAUAAAUUAUUAUGAAUUUUGCUGAAAGAAGAAAUAAAACUAAUCCUGAUUAACAUCAAUUAUUAAGUAUGAGCAGUUAAAGUUCUUCUAGAAAUUCUGCAGUCAAAGCAACAUUAAAAGUGUAUUCUGAAAUGAGAGAAGAUGAAAGUUGUAAAUUAGCUAUGAGAUUUACACAAUUAAAAAUAGUUCUUGCAACUCAUAAAUUAGUGGGAUUCUGUUAUAAAAUUAAAUCAGUAAGAUUAUAGCAUUAUUUUGAUGUUUUAUUAUUAACAAAGACAUCAAAUAUACAUUCUGUACCAAUUUUAUAAAAGCCUUAAUAAGUGUAAAUUUAAUAUUUGACACCUCCCACAAAAAAGAAAAGUGUAAAAUUUUAACCAAAAUACUCAAUUGCACCCUUCUUGUUAUUAUAAUCAAUAAUCAAAUAACAUCUUCAUAAAAACUUCAAUAUAUUACAUUAUAAUCAAAAUAAAAAAAAUAAGCAAAUCUCCUUUAAUAACAUUUUAUUUCAAUUAUUUAGAAAGAAAUAAACUUAAAACUUCAGAAUUCUAAAAACCAGACUUUUAUAAUCAAAGACGUUUAGACGAAUUAGUUUAAUAAUUAAUCAAAAAAUAAAAUCAAUAUAAUUAGAAGUUUUAUUAACGAUUUCCUAAAAUAUAAAUAAUAUUAAUCAUCAUUCUUAAUAAGUAAGUUUAUUAGAUUCGGAAUUCUCAUAAUAAUAAUAAAUAAUAUAAGAAAAUGAUAAUGAUAUACCUGAACAUGAACAUGAAAUAAAUAAUUAAAUGAUGAGUGCAAAAGAAUAAUUAGCCAUGAAAUUUGCUAGUACGUCAUUAUUAAUAGGAAUUUUAAGUUAAGUGAUGAUAAAAGCAUAAUUUGCAUUUUUAUUACAUCUAAGAUAAGGAAACAAUUAAAAAUAAGAUAUAAGAGAAAUUAAAUCAAUUGAUAUAAGUGAAAAUUUAGAUUAUUCUUAAAUUGAAGAAGAAAAAAUAAAACCAAAAAUAAUUGCUGCUAAUCAAAUUAAUCAUUUCUUAAUUUAAAAGCUUAAAUAAUAUUUUGAUUAGAUUAAUGAAUGUCCAUCUAAAAGUGCUAGUCCAUCUAGAAGUGCUAGUCCAUCUAUUAAAUUUUUUCAAGGAGAAAAGAAAUCUAGAUCUUAAAAUUUAAAUUUAAAAUUGUUAUUAGUGGGUUAGAAGAUGUUUAAGGAAGAUGAUCCUUAAUAAAAGAGUACAGAUAUUACUGCUAAUGAAAAAAAAAGUUCAUUUAAUGCAUUACCUGGAGUUCGAUAUGUAACAUAAUAUUCUGAUAUUUCAAAAAAUGCCAUAUCUGAUGUAAUAAUUUAAAAAACAUUCUUUAGAGUGAAGCAACUGAACAAUCUAUUAUUACUGAUUCUGUUAACACAUAAUAAAGUAUGAAUACUUCUAUUCUAAUGAAAAAAUAAACUAAUUAACAAAAUAAACAAAAUGAAAAAAAAGAAACACUUAAUUCUGCAAUAUAAUAAUAUUGUAUAUAGCUAUGUAUAUCUUAUAAUAGUGAUUCCAAUUAAAAGUUAAAAAAAUUCCCCUGAAAGAGUUUCUAAAAAAACAAUUGAAAAACAAAAUAAGAGUCAAUUCUCUAAAAUUACACUUUUGUACUGUUUCCCUAUUAUUAUUAUCAUCUUAAUAAUAAUUUUAAUGAAAUGA